UUAGGUAGUUAUGACCAUGAUCACCAGCACUCUGUCCAGCAGCGAGAUCGCAAACAAGGUAAACCCUCCCAAAACUCGGAAAGGAAAGAAGAUCCUCGAGUCGAGAGAAUCCCUGAUUGUUGAAAAUGACAAGAAAACGAUCAUCCUGAAGGGAGCCAGCACAAGUGGUAUAGUUAAUGACGUUUUAGCGGAUCUAUUUAAAGUCAGACGACAAAACUCAGCGAUGAUGAAUCAGAAUAAUCCUUUCCUCCCAUUUGAAGAUUCAGCGCCUCUCUGUGAGCUGAUGAAGAAGAAAGACGCCAGUUUGUUUGUAUUUGGAAGCCACAACAAAAAGAGACCCCACAACUUGGUCUUUGGUAGAACUUUCGAUGGAAAGAUUCUCGAUAUGAUAGAAUUUGGGGUAACAAACUUCAAGAAACUGAGCCAGUUCAAAUCAACUAAAGUUCCUCUGGGUGCCAAGCCUUGUUUAAUUUUCAAUGGUGACGUGUUUGAAAAAUUUCCCGACUGGGGGAUUAUUCAGAACUUUUUCUGUGACUUUUUCUGUACCACAAAAACGAGCUCAAUCAACCUUCAAGGACUCGAAUACGUAAUAUCAAUCAGUGCAGUUGAACCAGAUAACCUCCUGAUAAGAUCAUAUGAAGUGAACAUGAAGAAGUCCGGAGCUGAUUCCCCUUACGUUGAGCUUGUUGAGAUUGGUGUUUCUUUAGAUUUAAAGUUGAGAAGAUCUCAAUUUGCUCCAGCGGACAUCAGGAAGCAUGCAUUGAAGGUUCCCAAAGCAGCGAAGAUUGGAAAGACAAAGAAUAUUACACACGACAUGGCGGGAACCAAACUUGCUACUGUUCACAUGACCAAGCAGAAUAUUCAGGAGAUGCCUCAAUCCAAGAUGAAGGGAUCGUCUAAAAAGAGGGAGGCUAAAAUGGAGGGAGCAGUUAAAAAGGCAAAGGUUGAAAAAGUUGAAAGUUCGCCAGAUGUUGAGGAAGAAGCUAUGGAAACUUCGUGAAGAGGGUGUGACGGGCUUUUUAAUCUUUAACUCAGAGCUGACUUGACGAGAGUUUAAUUUAUUUAUUUUAUAACGGUGUCAGGAUUUUUAUUCGAACCAGUUUAGUUGCAGUUUUAUCCGUUUU